GAGUGUAGAAAGCGAUCACGGCGUAUCGCACCUAGAAACAAUUAAUAAAAAAUAAUAACUGUAAUGAAAAUGAGCGUAUGCAUAAUUGGGGCCGGAACGGCUGGUCUUUGCUCCGCCCGACACUCGAUUGAAAAUGGUUUCCAGACAACUGUGUUUGAACUAUCUGACCGAAUCGGCGGAACCUGGGUUUACAAUGAUGCAACAGGUGUCAUGGCCAAUGGCAUAGAUGUCCAUAGCAGCAUGUAUAAAAAUUUACGAACCAAUCUGCCCAAGGAGGUAAUGGGCUUUCCGGACUUUGAAAUUGGAGAAAACGAGGUUUCGUAUGUGAGAUCAGAUGAAAUUUGUGACUUCCUUAACCAAUACGCUGACCAUUUCGAACUGAAAAAGCAUAUAAAGUUCAAUACCUAUGUCAUUCGGGUGGUACAAAGGAAUACAAAGUGGCAAGUACUUUAUAAAGACGUAGUCACGAACAAGAUAGAGUUCCAUUACUUCGAUAAAGUUAUGGUGGCCAACGGACAUUAUCACACCCCGAACUAUAGUAAAAUUCCGAAUAUGAAUCGUUUUAAGGGCGAGUACUUACACAGCCACGAUUUUAGGACCAGAGAGGUUUUUGAAGGUAAAUCCGUUUUGGUUAUUGGAGCUGGUCCAAGUGGCAUGGACCUUUCUAAUAUAAUUUCCCGAUCGGCGAAACGUGUUACAAUAAGUCACCACUUGGCUGAUAUUGGGGAAAACAUAUUCUUUGAAAAUGUCCAGCAAAAGCCCGAUGUUCGGGAGCUCGAUGAAAAUGGAGCCUUUUUUGUGGACGGAUCUUACGAGGAGUUCGAUACCAUUUUCUUUUGCACUGGAUAUAAGUAUGUGUUUCCCUUCUUGACCGUAAAUUCCGGGAUUUAUGUGGAGGAUAACUAUGUUCAGGAGUUGUUUAAGCAAUGCAUUAACAUAAGAAACCCCUCUAUGGCAUUGAUUGGCUUGCCAUUCUAUGUUUGUGCCGCUCAAAUGAUGGAUAUCCAAGCCAGGUUUGUGAUGAGCUACUACAAUGGAUCGAAUGAUCUGCCGUCAGCAGAGGAAAUGCUCAAGGAUACCCACGAUAAAAUGACCAAGCUUUGGGAAGAUGGCUACAGGAAACGACAUGCUCAUAUGCUUGGUCCAAAACAGAUUGACUACUUCUCAGACUUGUCAAAAACUGCAGGAGUUAAGAACAUAAAAGCUGUUAUGACUAAAUUGCAUAACGAAAGCAGCAAAUGUUUUAAUGAGAACUUGCGUCAUUUCCGAGAGGACAAUUUUGCGAUUUUGGAUGAUGAAACUUUUGUAAAAUUAAAUUAGCUUCUGUUAUCCAUCGGUUAUUGGUA